UACACAACCUGAACCUGCUCCCCUCCCCAACAUUUUUGCUGCGUUGCUUCUUUACUCCCCUCCCUCUCUCUCUCUCUCUCUCUCUCUAGUUCCCAAUCCAUUCUAGAAAAUGGAGAGGCAGAGAAGUUUUACCGGAAAACCCACCAGAUUCUUGCUCUUCUCUAUCAUCGUCUCCUCUUCUUCCAUCAUGUUCCUCGCAUUUGUUUCGAUCUGGAAGUACAGUUCCAUUCCUUCAGCAAUACAUCAGCAGCAGCAGGAGCCCAGUGUUGCGCUGAAUGCUACUUCUACCCGCCUGGGUAUCGAUUUCUAUCUCAAACCGCUUUCAAACUCCUCUUCAUUCAGUGCCCAUUCCAGAAAACAAAACACCAGUGGGUUCACUCCCAUUUUUUAUGGAGAUGAUGAUUCAGUUGCUAAUUCCGGUCGAAAGACGACGGCUACCAGUGGAGGAAGGGUUGAAGAAGAAAAAGAAGAAGACAAGGACGACGAUGAAGGAGAGGAGAGGAAGCAGAGUGAGAGGCCGAUUUCAACGGAGGGAACUUCUUCUGGGGUUAAAGGCGCAACCCCAGUAGUGAGUGGGAUUGAGAUUUCCGAGACGAAAGUGAUUGGCGCAGCUUCUUCUUCGGUUGUUCGAGAUCGGAAAUGGAGGAAAUGCGACGUCACGAGAGGGAAUUGGGUGUACGAUCCGAGCUAUCCAUUUUACAGCAAUCGGUCGUGUCCUUUCAUCGAUGAAGCUUUCGAUUGUGCCGGGAAUGGAAGGCCCGAUAAUCUUUACACCAAGUGGAGGUGGAAGCCUCUAGACUGUGAGAUUCCAAGGUUCAAUGCGACUAGAAUGCUUGAGCUAAUCCGAGGCAAACGGCUGGUUUUCGUUGGGGAUUCAAUUAACAGGAACCAAUGGGAAUCCAUGCUUUGCAUGCUUAGUGCAGCAUUGAAAGAUGGGUCCAAGGUGUACGAAACCCGCCGGAGGAGGAUUACCAAAAAAGGAGCAACUUACAGCUUCAGAUUUGUCGACUACGGAUGCACGGUGGAGUACUACUUGUCACAUUUCCUGGUGCGCGAGGGAAAAGGAAGAGCAGGGAGGAAGAGAUUCCAGACUCUGCGCUUAGACACCAUGGAUCGCGGCUCCUCGAAAUGGCGAGGAGCUGAUGUUCUCAUCUUCAACUCUGCCCACUGGUGGUCCCAUUCCAAAACCAAAGCUGGGAUCAACUAUUACCAGGAAGGUGACCAAGUGCAUCCGAAGCUCGAUGUUGGGACGGCUUAUAGAAGAGCGAUCGCAACUUGGGGAUCAUGGGUUGAUGAUCAGAUCAGUCCCAGGAAAACUCGAGUUUUCUUUCGCAGUUCAGCGCCUUCUCAUUUCAGGGGAGGGCAAUGGGAUUCAGGAGGGCAUUGCUGGGAAGCCACACGACCUCUUAACCAGACUAUGGGCAUGACCGAUUCCGAGAAGACCAAGUUCAUGGAAGAAAUCAUCAAGAACAUGAAAACUCCAGUGACGUUGUUGGACAUAACUGGGCUGACCGAAUUUCGGAUUGAUGGCCAUCCAUCCUUGUUCGGGAAGAGAGCCGAGAGUCGGCACAGUAACAAGGUUCAAGAUUGUAGCCAUUGGUGUCUUCCUGGAGUUCCGGAUACAUGGAACGAGUUGUUGUACUAUCACUUGCUGUCUAAUACCAAAUCAUAGUUUCCUGUCCAAGUGCAUAUCAGUAAGGAAUGGAUCUUCCAUUGACAAAGCCUAGUGGCUUAUUGAUUGGACACGCACUUAUUCAUGUAUCUAUCGCCUUUUAUUUCUUUCUUUCAUGGCUUCACCCAAUCACCGGGAUGGACGGUACAGCAUGGCCAGAAUAGAAUGCAAUGAUGAAA